UCUGCCAGUUCUCUCUUCUAGACUUGCCAGAAGCAUCUGAGGACUAAAGAUGAAGAUCUUUUUAUUAUUCACUUUUUCCACGUUUUUCUUGUCUGCUUUUGAACAUGCAGCUGCAUAUGCUCACUAUGACAAGAUUUUAACUCACAGUCGAAUAAGGGCACGGGACCAGGGCCCAAAUGUCUGUGCCCUUCAGCAAGUUAUGGGAACCAAAAAGAAAUACUUCAGCACCUGCAGAAACUGGUACCAGGGAUCCAUUUGUGGAAAGAAAGCAACUGUCUUGUAUGAGUGCUGUCCUGGCUAUAUGAAGAUGGAUGGUAUGAGAGGAUGUCCUGCAGUUGCUCCUAUUGAUCAUGUAUAUGGAACUCUUGGUAUUGUGGGAGCUACCUCCACUCAGCAGUAUUCUGACAUGUCAAAGCUGAGAGAAGAGAUUGAGGGAAGAGGUUCAUUCACUUUCUUUGCACCAAGUAAUGAAGCCUGGGAGCAAUUAAGUUCGGAAAUUCACAGGAAUUUAAUUGACAAUGUAAAUAUCGAACUAUACAAUGCUCUCCACCACCACAUGGUAAACAAGCGCAUGCUGACAAAAGAUCUUAAGAAUGGCAUGACACUGGUGUCCAUGUAUAAUGACCAGAAAUUGCUUAUCAACCAUUAUCCUAAUGGGGUUGUUACUGUUAACUGUGCCAGGAUCAUCCAUGGCAACCAGAUUGCUACCAAUGGUGUUGUUCAUGUAAUUGACCGUGUCCUAACUGCUGUUGGAAAUACCAUUCAAGAUUUCAUUGAAGUUGAGGAUGAUCUUUCAUCUCUCAGAGCUGCUGCCAUCACAUCAGAUGUCUUAGAUACUCUUGGAAGGCCUGGUUAUUACACACUCUUUGCUCCUACUAAUGAAGCUUUCGAGCGUCUUCCAAGAGGAGUCUUAGAAAGAAUCAUGGGUGACAAGGUGGCUUCUGAAGCUCUUGUGAAGUUCCAUAUUUUAAAUACCCUUCAGUGCUCUGAAGCGAUCAUGGGUGGAGCUGUCUAUGAGACCUUGGAAGGAAACACACUUGAAGUUGGCUGUGAUGGUGAAACUCUUACUGUGAAUGGAGUAAAGAUGGUGAAACGCAAAGAUAUUGUGACGAGCAAUGGUGUUAUCCACCUCAUUGAUAGAGUGCUAAUUCCUGAUUCUGCCAAACAAGUUAUUGAGCUUGGAGGUUCCCAGCAGACUACUUUUACAGACUUGGUAACACAACUAGGACUAGCAUCUUCUUUAAGACCAGAAGGCCAAUACACUCUUCUGGUACCACAGAAUCGUGCUUUCUCAGAUGACACUUUACAGAUGGAUCAACGGCUUCUUAAAACAAUCCUGCAGAAUCACAUUAUAAAAGUGAAAAUUGGGCUCAAUGAACUGUACAACGGACAAGAGCUGGAGACAAUUGGCGGAAAGCUGCUAAGAGUCUUUGUGUAUCGCACAGCUGUAUGUGUUGAAAAUUCAUGCAUGGUCAGAGGAAGUAAAGAAGGAAGGAAUGGCUUUAUUCACGUCUUCAGACAAAUCAUCAAGCCAGCAGAAAAAUCUUUGCAUGAAAUGCUGAGAAAUGAUAAGCGUUUUAGUGUUUUCCUCAGUCUGGUGAAAGCUGCAGAUUUAGAUGAUGUUCUGUCACGGCCUGGAGCAUGGACUCUGUUUGUUCCAACUAAUGAUGCCUUCAAAGGUUUGACCGAUGAUGAUAAGGCUGUAUUGAUAAGAGACAAAAAUGCUCUCAGGAACAUUCUCCUUUACCACCUGACACAAGGAGUUUUCAUUGGAAGUGGUUUUGAGCCUGGUGUGACAAACAUCCUUAAAACUAUCCAAGGAGGAAAACUGUACUUGAAAACAGUGAAUGAUACUCUUCUGGUUAAUGAACUGAAGUCAAGAGAACCUGAUCUCAUGGCAACCAAUGGUGUAAUUCAUGUUAUUGAUAAACUCCUAUAUCCAGCAGAUCUGCCUGUCGGAAAUGAUCAGUUGCUCACAAUCCUGAAGAAGCUGAUCAAGUAUAUUCAAAUCAAGUUUGUUCGUGACAGUACCUUCAAAGAGAUUCCACUGACGUUUUACAAAAUUAACAUAAUUGAAAGCAACGUGCAGCCUAUCGUCAGAAAGGAAGACCCAUCUAUUACACAGCUCACUAAAAUAAUUGAAGGAGAACCUGAGUUCAAAAUAGUCAGGGAGGGAGAGACAAUAACUAAAGUGAUUCAUGGAGAACCAAUUAUUAAAACGUACACCAAAAUCAUUGAUGGGCGACCUGUGGAAGUGACAGAGAAAAAAGUAACAGAAGAAAGAAUUAUUCAAGGUCCAGAAAUAAAAUAUACCAGAAUUACUGCAGGUGGUUCAGACAAUGAAGAAAAUUUGAAGAGAUUGCUUGAGGAAGAGGUUACCAAGGUGACCAAAUUUAUUGAAGGUGAUGGUCAUUUACUUGAAGAUGAAGAAAUCAAAAGACUUCUGCAGGGAGCUGGAACUGAGUACACCAAGGUUACUAAAGUAAUUGAGGGAGAACCACAGAUUAUCGAGAGAGAAAUCAAGAAAGUCCAUUUGGAAGGUUAGUUUGUCUAAAAAUCCAAUAUCACUAAGGCCUCCUAUGUCUGAAGUAAUCAUUCUAGGUGCAGAAUUAUAGUAUUUAUUUAUUCAUAAAAAUUACUUAGGUCUGAAGUCAAUAUUUUAGCUGAAAGUGUUUUUAUGUUUGUUUUGGAAAAAGAAUUCUUUAACAUUACAGAGAAAAAUUUUGAGGCUUAUCUUGUGUCUGAAAGUAACCAAAAGAUUUGGCAGGCAUAGUAGACAAGAGGAAAUAUCUAAACCACAAAGCAUAGGUAAAACAUUUGAAGGAACAUGCACCUUUCUCUAAGCAGCACAUCCAGAAGAAGACCACGUGAGUUGUUUUUAACAUGAGAUAUUUCAUGUCAAUGUUAAUAUGAUCUGUUGGGUUCUCAACUUAGUAAAAGAGUGGGGUGGAAGGACUGCAACCUCUGGGCAUGAGUGUAAAUAUCAAUUUCAUCCUAUUGCUAAGUAAGGGAAGUUCAUCAUUUUUAAAAAGCUGAAUGGAAUUGGAGUCCAACCUGAGGAGCCAACUAAUGGCUUCAGCCUGGGUAUAUGCCAAUAAUUUAUUCUUCAAGUCUCACAAUCUUUUCUUUUUUUUUUUUCUUUUUCUUUGUUUUUAAUUAAAAAGUACUUUGCUUUGUGUUUCUUUUGGAUUAGUAUGAAGGUACUUUUCUAAAUCUAAUUCUCAUGAUGCAGAGUAAGAAUGUAUUUGAACUACAGACUCAUAGACAUAAUACGGUUUUAUACUUCUUACAAUUUGAAGUUUACACUAAAUGCUGAAGGUACACCAGUUAUUUGUUAUGUUCAGUGUUGAGAAGUACAAGGCAUGCAGGGAAAUCAACUAUUGCCUGAAAAGUAUGACUUUUGACCAUGGGACCUUACCUGAAAAUGUACUACUUCACACAGGCCACGUUCAUUUUCACGUUCUCAUUUUCAGGAUGUUGAAGAACUUGGUACAAAUGCACACCAGUUAGCCUCAGCUAAAAGAGGCAAAACCUGUAUCUCAGGGCAACACAUUUACAAACCUUGUACCUCAAGAUGAAAAGAGAACUGCUGGUUAAACGAAGAAACAAGUACUUCAUGUAAAGAAGGAAAAAUGCUACAGUCAUAUUCCUGUGACAGUGAUAGAAGCAUGCUGUCUUAAGUUUCUGAAAUGUUUUUCCGUCUGUUGAGAAGGCACCUGGUUUUAAAAAAUAUUUCAUGAGAAAAAAGGAAAACUCUCCAUAGAAUUGAAUCAGUCUUUUGGAAAAUAGAUGUAUCUGUUAGUGAGAAUGGUACCUCGUUGGGCUUUGUUCCACCAUACCCUUUAAAGUAGAAGUCUCUGAGAACAUCAGCUGACCCGUAAAUAUGAAGUGAUGCUGUGGGCUCUCGGUGAAGCUACACAUCACACAUCUAAGUGCAACUGGACAUGUGAACAACAUCUUGCAACAGCUGCAUUUCAACCGUAUCAUUUAUACAUAAUUCCUAAAGAAAUGUCUUGCAGUGCUCUGCAAGCAGACCUGAACUUCCUCUGCCAAAAGUUGAGAUCAAGUUCUGGGCAGUACACUAAUAUGAAUUCGCACCUCGCUGUCGGCAUCAGAUAGCUUUUGCCUGAGUAAAAUGUCCUGGCCAAUGUCCAUGUCAUGCAAAUGUCCACACAAGAUCAGUGUGAAUAAUGGAUCAGUUCAUAGCACUAAAAUUUAAAAAUCUAUUUGAAAUAUUGAUAGAAUUCUGUGCAUGAAUACAAAUGGUGGAAAUGUGUAAACUCUAUUUAUUAUUAGCGUUCAUCUUUCAGGUGAUUGAGUCAAUCUAACAAAAUCCUUAAUUCGUUAAAAACAUUUAGAGCAGAUGUUACAAGUCUACAAUGGGUUUCCAACAUUUAUAAUGAAUUAUACCUCUUACAAAUAACUUCUGACUGAAACAUUUCUAUU